CUUGGAUAGCUCUUGAAGUGUAGUUUCAUAAUUGAGUGGUCUUUGUUCGAGGAGAGAGAGCUUAUCAUCCAAAAAUCGAUCUGGAACGAGCAGUGGUCUGUGAACUCGAGCUGUGAGAGUGCUGAGACUGUUUGCUUCAUAUCUCGAGUUAUACACAUCCAAAUAAGGCGUAUAAUAUACCAAAAGAAAGCUCUCAAGACGAGGAAUCGUCGAAGGUCUGGUUUGCAUCAAUCGGAGUAGUGGAAGGCCUCCAAAUCGACCGAGCAAAACACGACCUCGCAGAAUACGUUUUUGUAUUCAAAGAAACGAGUUAACCGGGAAACACCCGUUCUAGGGGCUGUUUUCGUAUCAACGAUUAAGGGUUGAACUAGCACUUUGAGGAGGCUGUUUAACACUCAUAUUUGAGCAAGGAAUCAGUUCCAAAUCCACCUUGACCAAAGCUUUGACCAUUGGACCAAGGAGGGAAAGUUUAAAGCUCAUUUGAGGUUGAGGCUAGAGCUUGCAUCCUGUGCUCGUUGAUCGAGUGAUUCCUCGGAGAGAAGACUUGAAAUGGACCGUGGUGGCAGGAUUACUAGGAGAAACCCGACCGGCCAUGUACCAGUGGAGACUGGACAGGGCAGUCGAAGGACCUCUAGGGCAUCUAGAGGAGCUGGCCGUGGAGGCCGAUCACAGACCGUGAGUGACGGUCAUGUCGACACGGAAAGUGAAACCUACUGGUCCUAUGAGGACUCGACCUAUCGACCGGAAACUGAACCGGUUGAGACCCCUUAUGAAGGGGAUGAUGAUGACGUAAGUGAUGAGGAGGAAAAUGGCUCCUUAGCACGGAUUGAAGCACUACUUCAACAGUACCACCGUGAGCGUGAGGAGAGGAGGGAACGCCGAAGGCGCCGGGCUGGGCAGCCUUCGGGCGGGGCUUCAAGAGGGAGAAGCCAUGGCGACUCUAGGGCCCACAUUGAACCACAUGGGGGUCGGGGUGAUGGGGGUCCAAUCAUAAGGAUCUCCAAAUACAUCAAAGAGGCACGAGACUUAGGGUGCAAACCGUUCGAUGGGACGGGUGACAUCUCCGUUUCGGCACAAUGGAUUAAACGGCUGAAUGAGGCAGCCCUGGACAUGCAACUCACCCCCGAAUAUAAACUAAGGGUUGCGGUGAGAUUGCUUGAAGGUAUGGCAUCCAAGUGGUGGGAUGGGACCAAAGGCAAAUAUGGCGAGACCGUCACUUGGGAGAAUUUCCGACAGGAAUUCUUUGCCCAAUAUUACUCGGAUUUUGAGGUGAACAAGAAAGUGAGGGAAUACACCCUUCUAACCCAAGGGGGUAACAUGACGGUGAGGGAACUUGAGUACAAGUUCAGGGAUCUUGCCGAUUACAUACCUGAGUAUGCUUGUGACGAGAACCGGAUGGUGAACCACUUCUAGGAUGCUCUAGACUUGGAGAUACGUGACAGGGCAACACAAUUGCCUAACAUGACGUUUGCCCAAGUGGUUGACCAAGGGUUGAAAGGAGAGAAGCAAUGGGAAGAAAGGAAGAAGAGAGACGCCGAGGAGGCGAAAAAGAGAAAGUGGGAGAGUCAUGGCUCCCAAGGUUCCAACAAAAAGGGGAACCACGGAGGAGGAUCUUUCCGGGCACCACCGCCACCAUAUAGGGGGAACCAAGGCCCGAGUGGGCAAGGCGCGAGGUCACAAACCUCAGUGGUAGCUCGUUGCAACAAUUGCAAGAAGAACCACUCCGGUAAAUGUCGCGACCCCCCUAGAUGUUUUCAAUGCGGGGAUGCCGGGCAUUUGAAGGCACAUUGUCCACAAUUGAGUGGGGCAAGGACAUCGGGACCGAGUAGCGGUCCGACGGGUACACGGAAUCAAACCGGGGCUUCUCAAGCAAGCCGGGGACACGGGGGGGCAAGUACAAGCAACGCGCCAUCCGUGAACCAAGGGAGGACCCAGGCUAGGGUCUAUGCGAUGACGGAGGCGGAUGCUCAAGCUAACCCGGACUCCGUCGCAGGUAUUGCCUCUCAUAUACUAGUGUUUUAUCCUUAAUUAGUCCAUAAAUUGAGGAUACUAAUCGCUAGGAUCAUUGCACGGGGUUUUGGGGUCGAACCGGGGGAUUUCGGGCAACUUCAGGCGGCUGGGACCCAGGCACGAUCGUGCCUAAGGCAGACACGAUCGUGCCUCCAAGUCAGUAGCUGCCCAGGAAAAUUCCCAACCCAGGCACGAUCGUGCCUAAGGCAGACACGAUCGUGCCUACAAGGCAGUAGCUGCCCAGGUGUUUCUUCAAACCAGGCACGAUCGUGCCUAAUCCAGACACGAUCGUGCCUCCAAAUCAGUGGCUCCCCAGGAUUUCCCAACCCAGGCACGAUCGUGCCUAAGGCAGACACGAUCGUGCCUCCAAGGCAGUGGCACCCUGGGCGUUUCCCCAAGCCAGGCACGAUCGUGCCUACCCCAGGCACGCCGUGCCUGGCACCCAGAUUGCCGAAACCCGGUUUUUUUCGCAUCGUUUUGCGACGUUAAGGCCUCUUCUUGAUCCCUAACGUGCGUGUGAACAUUGCAACCUUCUAUAAAUGAGUAGGGAGGGUAGGAAAGAUGUCUUACAUGGUUCAUGAAUGUAGGGACACUAAAGAUUAAUGGGAAGGAUGCACGAAUCCUUAUCGAUACCGGAGCGCAACGUUCAUUCGUGAGUGAGGCGUUUGCCGAGAGCUUAGAGAUGCAAUCAAUACCAAUGACACAAACCUUAGUGGUAUCAACCCCACUAGGGGAAGACGUUGAAAGAAACAAUUACUAUCCAUCUUGUAUGGUGGAAAUCGGUGGCCAAACCUUGACGUGUGAUUUCGUACCGCUGAGUAUGAUGGAGUUCGAUGCAAUCCUAGGGAUGGAUUGGCUAGAAAAGCAUCAUGCUAGGGUAGAUUGCUACACAAAGGUGUUGGAACUCGAAGGCACACAGGGGGACACCCUACGCUUCGAGGGGGACCGCGGCAAAUCAAAUAGUUGUAUCAUAUCCGCCGUGAGAGCGAGAAAUAUGAUGAGGAAGGGAUGCCACGCAUAUCUAGCAUUCGUGGUUGACAAAACCAAAGAGGAAACGAACAUCGAUGAUGUGAGGGUGGUUUGUAAGUAUCCGGAUGUCUUCCCUAAAGACCUACCGGGGCUUCCACCUGACAGAGAGAUUGAAUUUGUGAUCGAGGUCGAGCCUGGUACCAAACCAAUCUCCAUACCGCCAUACCGGAUGGCACCCGCUGAACUUAACGAGUUGAAAACCCAAUUGCAAGAGCUUUUGGAUAACGGUUUCAUUAGACCAAGCCACUCCCCGUGGGGAGCACCGGUUCUUUUUGUGAAAAAGAAAGAUGGGACACUUCGAAUGUGCAUUGACUAUCGUCAACUGAACAAGGUCACAAUCAAGAAUAGGUAUCCGUUGCCUAGGAUUGAUGACUUGUUUGAUCAACUACGAGGAGCAACCGUGUUUUCGAAGAUUGACUUAAGGUCGGGGUACCAUCAAUUGAAGAUUAAGGAAGAUGACAUACCAAAGAGUGCUUUCCGCACAAGGUAUGGGCAUUUUGAGUUCCUUGUUAUGUCGUUUGGAUAAACAAACGCCCCGGCGGCAUUCAUGGACUUGAUGAACCGAGUAUUUCAUAAAUACUUGGAUCGAUUCGUGAUUGUGUUCAUAGAUGACAUCUUGAUUUACUCAAAGAGUGAAGAAGAGCAUGAGGAGCACUUGAUACUUGUUCUUGAAACACUACGGGAGAAGCAACUCUAUGCCAAAUUUUCUAAAUGUGAAUUUUGGCUAAAGGAGAUUGGCUUCCUCGGGCACGUGGUUUCGGGAUCGGGGAUUGCUGUUGAUAACAAGAAGAUAGAAGCCAUUACUGAAUGGGAGAGGCCAAAGAACGUCAAGGAAAUUCGUAGUUUCCUUGGAUUGGCAGGCUACUAUAGAAAGUUCGUGGAGAAGUUCUCUGUUUUGGCAUCGCCAUUGACGAAGCUCACUCGUAAAGGAGCUAAGUUUGUAUGGGAUGACAAAUGCGAGAAAGGGUUCAUGGAACUAAAGAAGAGAUUGACCGAGGCACCGGUACUUGCAUUACCCAAACAAGGUGUGGGGUACGAUGUCUAUAGCGAUGCGAGCAUCCAAGGGCUCGGAUGUGUACUGAUGCAGAAUGGGAGGGUAAUCGCCUAUGCUUCACGACAAUUGAAGAAGCAUGAGGUGAAUUAUCCUACUCAUGAUUUGGAGCUCGGGGCAGUGGUAUUUGCACUGAAGAUAUGGAGACAUUAUCUCUACGGGGAGACAUGUCACAUAUACACCGAUCACAAGAGCUUGAAGUACGUGUUUACUCAGAAAGAGCUAAACAUGAGACAGAGACGGUGGAUGGAGCUGAUAAAAGACUACCAUCUAGUGAUAGAGUAUCACCCAGGCAAGGCAAACGUGGUGGCAGAUGCUUUGAGCCGGAAGAGCUCGUCUGGGGCAUUGAUAACUAAUUUGAGGGCAUUAAGAGCCCAACUGGAGGUAACCAGCGAUGGUGCCUUAUUGGCACGAUUUGAGGUAAGACCCACUUUACUUGAUGAGAUCAAGAAGGGUCAGGAAGCCGACGAAGAACUUAUGAAGGUCCGGGAACGCAUGCAAGCGGGGCCGGUGGAGGAUUUCAGGGAAAGAGAUGAUGGUCUCUUGUUAUUUCGUGACCGAGUGUGUGUACCGUCAGAUGAUGAGCUCCGAAAGUCCAUCUUAGAGGAGGCUCAUUCAUCGGCUUAUGCCAUGCACCCGGGGGGCACGAAAAUGUACCGUGAUUUGAAGGAAAGUUACUGGUGGUCUGGAAUGAAGAGGGAAAUAGCCGAGUACAUCAGUCGGUGCCUUACUUGUCAACAAGUUAAGGCAGAACAUCAGCACCCAGCAGGCUUAUUGCAACCACUCUCCAUCCCUGAAUGGAAGUGGGAGCACGUGACUAUGGAUUUCGUGGUAGGCUUACCACGGACUAUCAGGAACUAUGACGCGGUUUGGGUCGUUGUGGAUAGGCUCACAAAGAGUGCACACUUCUUGCCUAUCAACACUACCUAUCCACUUGAGAGGUUAGCCAAAUUGUAUACGGAUGAGAUCGUGAGGCUGCAUGGGGUCCCGGUGACCAUUGUAUCUGAUAGAGACCCACGAUUCACAUCACGUUUUUGGCCGAAAUUCCAGGAGUCUAUGGGAACGAAGUUGAAGUUCAGCACUGCUUUCCAUCCACAGACGGAUGGGCAGUCUGAAAGGGUUAUACAGAUCCUAGAAGACAUGCUGAGGGCUUGUGCAUUGGAGUUCCAGGGGAGUUGGGACAACCACUUAGCACUUGUGGAGUUUGCCUAUAACAACAGUUAUCAGGCAAGCAUCGGCAUGCCUCCAUACGAGGCAUUGUAUGGGAGGAGGUGCCGUACACCGUUAUGCUGGGACGAGGUUGGCAUGGCCAAACUCGAGGGUACUGAGUUGGUGGAGGUCACCAAAUCAAAGGUGAAGUUAAUUCGAGAGAGACUCAAGGCGGCUCAGGAUAGACAAAAGAGUUAUGCAGAUAAGCGUCGAAGAACCUUAGAGUUUAAGGUUGAUGACGAGGUAUUCUUGAAAGUUUCUCCUUGGAAAGGGAUCAUUCGGUUCCAAACCCGAGGAAAACUUAACCCACGAUAUAUAGGUCCAUUCAGAAUUAUAGAGAGGAUUGGGGCCGUUGCAUAUCGUCUACAAUUGACUCCUGAGUUAGAGAAGAUACAUAAUGUGUUUCAUGUAUCCAUGCUUAAGAAGUACGUGCAUGAUCCCUCUCACGUAUUGGAGAAGCCACCUGUAGAGGUACGUGAGGAUUUGAACUACGCUGUUCAACCUAUCAAAGUCACCGAUAGAAAGGUGAAGAAGCUGAGGAGCAAAGAAGUCCCAAUGGUUAAGGUCCUGUGGAAGAGCGAUCGGGUCGAAGAAGAGACAUGGGAAACAGAGGCUUUGAUGAGGAAGCAGUAUGCCUUCCUAUUCGAGUAGAGCUGUGAAUUUCGGGGACGAAAUUCCUGUUAAGGGGGGGUGAACUUGUGACACCGCACCCGAAUGUCCCUGGAAAUUUGAUUUGAAUAUUCAUAGCUUAUGUAUUGGAUUUCCGAUUCCCAAACAUUUUGUAAAACGAUCAAUGUUCUACGUAGUGCAUGGUUGAAUAUCGUACUGUUCAAACUCGUACAUUAGUGUCGGGUUUCGCAAAUACUUACUCGGGACUUAUUAAUAAAUAGAAAGGCCCAACAUUUCCUAAAUAGUGAAAGAAUGAUUAAAGGAGAAUACAAAUGUCUAUAACCCCAUCUUUGGCAUUAUUGAGCUAAAUAAUGGGAGUAGGAUUUUCCUUCUAAAAUAUCCAUCAAGUAAAUUAUUGGGAUGAGCCUACACAUAUUGGAGAUCAAUAAUGUGAUUUAGGAAGUUGACUUGUUCUAAAUAAAUUAGGAUGAGUACAAAAAGACAUCUUUGACAAAGAUAAAACAAUAGGACCCAUCUUCCCAUUUUUGGAAGUAUUGGUAGAUAUUUUGGACCCCAAAAUGAUUGGGAUCAAUUGGGAACCACUCCACAUGAUAUUAGUACCUGCAAGACAAAUAAAAAUGGGCUAGGAGACUUACCUUGGCCGGCCAUUAUGGAGAAGAGCUGCACAUGACUUGAUAAGAAUCAAAGUUUGGGCCACCACUCUUAUUUUCGCACAAAUUGGUGUGCUGUUUGUCUCCUCUCAUUAUAGGAGCUAUCCUCAACCAAAUAACGUGUAUGAGGUGUCCUUGGAUAGCUCUUGAAGUGUAGUUUCAUAAUUGAGUGGUCUUUGUUCGAGGAGAGAGAGCUUAUCAUCCAAAAAUCGAUCUGGAACGAGCAGUGGUCUGUGAACUCGAGCUGUGAGAGUGCUGAGACUGUUUGCUUCAUAUCUCGAGUUAUACACAUCCAAAUAAGGCGUAUAAUAUACCAAAAGAAAGCUCUCAAGACGAGGAAUCGUCGAAGGUCUGGUUUGCAUCAAUCGGAGUAGUGGAAGGCCUCCAAAUCGACCGAGCAAAACACGACCUCGCAGAAUACGUUUUUGUAUUCAAAGAAACGAGUUAACCGGGAAACACCCGUUCUAGGGGCUGUUUUCGUAUCAACGAUUAAGGGUUGAACUAGCACUUUGAGGAGGCUGUUUAACACUCAUAUUUGAGCAAGGAAUCAGUUCCAAAUCCACCUUGACCAAAGCUUUGACCAUUGGACCAAGGAGGGAAAGUUUAAAGCUCAUUUGAGGUUGAGGCUAGAGCUUGCAUCCUGUGCUCGUUGAUCGAGUGAUUCCUCGGAGAGAAGACUUGGUUCGUGCUUCCUCCAUUCUAUUUGAAACAUUAAUAAAUUUGCUCAUGGAUAUUUUAUUAUAGAGCCUGCGUGCUCAUGAAUAGCCCUGUGUGGCCCUUUCGUUUUAAACAAUGUUUUCCGCUGCUUUAUGAAUUACUUAUUAUGUUGUUUAUGGAUGACUUAUGUGUGAAUGAUAUUCAUGACGCCUUGUAUAAUAUGAAUGUGUUGGAUUGCGAUUGACUAUUCGUAUUGUACGGCGGGUUGUUGACGUGUCCGGGGAGGUCCGGGGCGUGACAAACUGCCUCAAAGAUGGCAUCAUCCUCCACAUCAGAAUCAAUCUCAUCCUCCUGAGUCAAGCCUAAUUCUGCCCGCCUCUUCUCAACAUUUGACUACAUCGAGGCGGGGUGGCAGAUCGGCAUCGGACUCAUCGCCGUGCUUUGUCCAGCAGUGCUUGAUGACCUUGAGAAUUGAGACCUUCUUCUUCUCAGGCCCCGACUACAGUUUGGAAAAAAGGCUUAAGAUCCAUAAUUAAUUGUUAAAAUAAAGGGUCAGAAUAA